CAAGACACUAUUACCAAGUGCAGGAAAUGGAUUUCGGGGUUCCAAUAUCAGUCUAUCUCUUGAUCAAUGAAGGAGGCUCGCCUGCUAAAGAUGCCUUUCCCCUCCUUCACACAGCAAUGACAGCGCUGAUGGGAGAGGCAGCCAGGACUGUCAGCCCCCCAGUCACAACCCCGCAGAGUAACUGGACAGUUAACAAAACAGAAGCUGACUACACAGAAGUACCCAUAGCCUUGAAGUUCUCACAUCCUUGCCUGGAAGACCACCAUAGUUACUGCAUCAAUGGUGUCUGUGCAUUCCACCAUGAGUUGGAGAAAGCCAUCUGCAGGUGUUUUACUGGUUAUACUGGAGAAAGGUGUGAGCAUUUGACCUUAACUUCAUAUGCUGUGGAUUCUUAUGAAAAAUACAUCGCAAUUGGGAUUGGCGUUGGAUUACUAUUAAGUGGUUUUCUUGUUAUUUUUUACUGCUACAUAAGAAAGAGGUAUCUAAAAUUGAAAUCACCUUACAAUAUCUGUUCCGGAGGAAGACCACUGUGAAGCCUUUGUAAGAUGUUUUCAUGAGGCAUUGGUGUAAAUCAGUGGGCCCCAAACGGAAAUCUUCAGGUGAAACAACAAAACUUCCCAAGCUGACUAGAAAGUUGGGAUCGUGGUGAAAUGAGAGAAUAAAUUUCAGCGUUGGUCCUUAAGACUCUGUCAUCGUUAAAGUGCAUGUGAGCCAAGGGAGCAAGCUACAGUGAGAGACGUCGAGUUCACAGUCCUACUCUGGGUGUGCUGCUUCUGUGUGGUUUUUGCUCUCCCUGUGGGAUGUUGAGUUUUACACUUCUGACUAUGUCAGAUGUGAAUUCUCAGGACAAUAAUUAUCAACCGUGCAGUCAGCCUAAGCAAGGCCACGCUUGGGUUCUUCACUAUGCUUGCUACCAGGAUUCUGGACCACAGCUCUAUGGACCAAAUCCGAAACAUGCUGCUUUCAUGGUGUCUAAAAGAAUGUGAUGUCAACUACUCGGAUGAGAUUAGUGUUAUGGCACCUCCGGUGACCCAAACAUGUGACUGAAGUCUAAGCUAGAGAAAAGAAAAUGGAAUGUCCAAGGCAAACAUAAAUCAUCCCAAGCUUGUGACAACACUGUGAAAUAUGGAAUAAGCUAAAGAGUUUCUGAUGACUGAAAACUUACCUGGAUAUUGAGUCUUGAAUAGGCAAGACAUUUUUGUUCCUGCAUGGAUUAUAAAAUUUUGUGCUCGACUCACUAGUCUUCAAAUGCUUAUGUUCAUCACUUUCUCCUAUUGUUAGUGGAAUUACCUGGUGACUAUUUGGACUGAAAUUCUAAAAUUCUACUAAUGAAUACAAUUCUACAAUUGACUCUGAAAUAGAAACUGAAGAACCAGACAUUUUCACCAACCAAGAGCAUGUGGAAACUUUCUUUACCAUUUCUGGAUACCUGAUAGAAGAUUUAUACGUGGAGAAAAUGGAACAUUGGUAGAAAUAACAAGUUGAGAAUUACGGUCCUACCUGUUUAAUCAUUAUUCUUCCAGCUAAUUCAAAUAAUCCUAGGCCCCUUAAUUUCUUUGGGCUUUCAUGUCAUUUUCCACAAGGCCUUUCUAGCACUAAAAUUUGAUACUGAGAGAAGGGAGAAAAUUUUCCACAUGUGUGUUGCAAGUGUGAUUAUUCUCAACUCCAUCUCUGCCCCUAGUCUCACCCCUCACCCUGAAACACACCACUGGCUAUCAUCUUUGGUGUAUAUUUUAGUGUUUGGUUGUUAAAAUAAUAAUUUAAGAAUUUGUUCUUAAAGGAAGUGAAGCAUGAAAUUAAAGAAUACUAUCUACCAUGUUUCUUUUAGAUUUGACCUAAGACUAUGGACAUUUUUUUUUUUCCAUUGUGGAAUAGAUAAGCAAAAUAUCUUGAUCAUGGCAUGGG